AUGGAGGCACCGGGAUGCCCAGCUUUUCCCCCUCCUCGCCCGGCAGGAUCCCCCCUUCCGGGGCAUCCCCGGGCUCCCCUCGCCUUCUCGGGCCCCCCCCAGCAGCCGCCGCCCCUCAGCCCCCGCCCGGCGCGCUGCCCCCCCGCCCCGGCGCAGCCCCGGGACCCGCGGGGCGCCAGCCCGGGACCCCUCGGCGUGGCCGUCGGUGCGAAGCCCUUCUACCCGGCUGGGGCUGCAGGUGGGAAGAAGGGAUGCGAAGCCGGGUACCAGGAGGUGCCCCUAGCCUGCUGCCCUCCCCUGAAAGCCCCAGGGGAGCUGAGGUGCCCACUGGCAGCACCCCUGGGCAGCCUGCAGGAAUAUGGGGUCCCUGAGCUCCCUGAGCCCCUGGGUAAGGGCAAGAGCAAGAGCAAGAAACGGAGGAACAGGACAACCUUUAGCACGUUCCAGCUGGAGGAGCUGGAAAAGGUCUUCCAGAAGACACAUUACCCUGACGUCUAUGCCCGUGAGCAACUGGCACUACGGACGGAUCUGACCGAAGCUAGGGUGCAGGUGUGGUUCCAGAACCGACGGGCCAAGUGGCGGAAACGGGAGCGUUAUGGGAAAAUCCAGGAGCUGCAGAACAACCUGUGGCUGAGCUCUGGCCCUGGGACCCCCGCAGGGCUCCUGCCCCCUGAGAGUGUCCCGUCACCCUGCAUGUCUGCAUACUCCCACGUUCACAGCAACAUCACUAGCUUUGUGGGCAUCUCCGCUUCUCCCAGCUCCCACCCUGGCAUGAACAGCCUCUACUCCCUGCACGGCCUGCCCCCCCAGGCCCUGGGCACCCAUCCCUUCGAACCAGCACCUGAACAUGACUACAAGUCACCUGCGCUGGUGCCACUGAGGAUGAAGAGCAAAGAGGUGACCAGCACCCUGCUGAAUUGGGCUACAUGAUCCUCCCCUCCAGGGAGAGACACGGAUCAUUUGUCCCCUCUGGAAUGUGUCUGCCCCCCCCCACCCCGGCACCAGGGGCUGGGAGCAGGUGGGUGGGAUCACACUUACCCCCCUCUCCAUACACCCUGAUCUCUGUGAGCUUCCUGUAUCCCACCCUGCUCCAUCACUCUGCUGUCAGCCCCCUCCCUGGGUGAGGGGGAAUCAAAGCGGGGCUGCUGGGGGACCUCAAAAUCCCAGCCCGUCCCACCAGGGCUGCCCCUGGCAGCUUGGGACCCCCAAAACAGCUCCCAAAAAAAACGAGCUCCCUUGAGUACCUUCAGAGAAUGGGACUUAAUGAAGAUGCCUGGUGGUUUGCAGCAGGGUUUCAGCCUCUUGACCCCCACCCCUGCCUGCAUCCCCCCCCGCCCGACACAAUCUGGGGGGCACCAGCCUUGUGAAUGUCCAGGGAGGGGGCUGUGCCGACGGGGGGGUGCCAGGGAAGCACCAUGGCAGGGGAACUGCAUUGCCUGGGGGCAGCGCUCCCCUCCCCAGCUGAAGUUUGGACGCCCCCAGUACAGCGAGCAAUGGCAGAAAUUGGGCUCUUCAUGUCCCAGUCCAAUGGUACUGGGAAAACCCACACAAGCUGGGACAGCUGUGGUGCUCAGUGAGUGUUACUGGGGGCAGGGUAAAAUCCUCCGCCAUGCACAAGGAGUCCUUAAAGGCCCCCCCCUGCCCCCCCCCCCCCGAAG